AUGAAUGAAGCAGAAAGCCCAAGUUCACUAGCUCGGCACUUCGCAGGCGGCAGGAGGGACCUCGGGGCUCCGCUCUGAACUUUGACUCCCGUCAGUCCGGGCCUCUCCCUGGGGCUCCCCUUGGCUCCUCGCCGCCCUCCCCCCCUCCCCCGGCCCCCUCUCGCUCGGCCUCGCAGGAUGCAGAUCUCACCCUUGCUGGCUGGUGGACUUUUACUCGCUCUGCUCUCCGUCAGGCUGGAGGCGAAGCCGGCGUCUCAGCUCCCACAGAAGGCCUCCCGCGGCUCGGCGGCGGCAGCGGGUCCGCCCGAGGCGGCGGCGGAGCGGGACAAGGAGCGGGACAAGGAGCGGGACAAGGAGCGCAGCGGCGGCGGCGGCGGCUCUGGCCCGCGGGAGGCACGGGAGGCGCGGGGCGAGGCUCGGCCGCGGGCGGGCUGGGCGCGGCUGCUGCAGGACCAGCCGGGCCGCCGGCACAAGGGCCUGCACAAGAAGGGCCUGGGCAAGGGCUGCUUCGGCCUCAAGCUGGACCGCAUCGGCGCCAUGAGCGGCCUCGGCUGCUGAGGGACCCCUGGCGGGAUUUGAAUUUGUAAGUCUAUUUUCUCCUAUCGUGACCAGGCACAACCAUCCCGCAGACAACAUCUAGAAAAGCAGAGACCUCCCUGGAAUGGACAAAAGAUGUGUCUGUGUUUUUCUUUUUUGGUACAAGGAGUCAUGGCACCAGCUGUUUUGGUUUUGUUAUUUUUUUAAAAAGUGCUCUCUAUCUUAUAUAUAUUAUAUAUACAAACACUCACCAAGACAAGGGACAGCGCUUUUCCAAGAGACUGAUGAAGCCAGCUGUAUAA